AUGUCGUCCCCCGUGAGUCAAACCCAAAGUCAAUUGGCCAACUCGGGAUUUCCUGAAACCCCGAACGGGUACGGCGGCUCCAGAAGUUCGCAUGGAGACUCGGGUCUGCACUAUAGUGGAAACAGGCGCAACAACCAUCACAUGAAUGGUGGAGUUAACAUACACAGGAAAAUGCAUAAUUCAAACAGAAGAAAAGGGGAUGACGCAAGCAAGUACGCCAACGCGAAGUUGGAAGACUUUACUGGACAAAUCUAUUCUUUGUGUAAGGAUCAGCAUGGCUGUCGGUUUUUGCAAAGACAGUUGGACCUUGGAGGAGAAACCAGCUCGGGGGACAAGUCAUUGAGUAAAGACGUGGCAGCCACUAUGAUCUUCAACGAGCUUUACUUGAAAAUCGUUGAGUUGAUGAUUGAUCCUUUUGGGAACUACCUCAUCCAAAAGUUAUUUGAGAGUGUAUCUGCAGACCAGAGAUUAAUUCUUGUGAAAAACGCAGCGCCCGAUUUUAUACGCAUCGCAUUGGAUCCCCACGGUACCAGAGCUUUGCAAAAGCUCGUGGAGUGCAUUUCUACGCCCGAGGAGUCGCGUAUCGUCAUCGAGAGUUUGUGUCCGCAUGUGGUGUCUUUGUCCAGAGAUUUAAAUGGUAAUCAUGUUGUGCAGAAAUGUUUGCAAAGAUUGAAGCCAGAGGACAACCAGUUUAUUUUCGACACUGCAUCAAUGCACUGUGGGCAGAUAGCUACUCACAGACACGGGUGCUGUGUUUUACAAAGAUGUUUGGACCACGGAAACUCUCGUCAACGGCGGCAGUUGUCCUUGAAGGUUGCUGAGAUCUCCACUAACUUGUCAUUGGAUCCAUUUGGAAACUACGUGGUGCAAUAUGUGUUGACCAGGGGAGACGAGAAGUCCAUUUCGAUGAUAUUGGAUCACAUACUGUCGCACAUCGUGUCGUUAUCUCUCCACAAGUUUGGGUCCAACGUGAUCGAGAAGUCCUUAAGGAUCAACCACCUCACAGACACCGUAAUCGACGUGUUGUUGAGAAACCAGAAACAAUUUUCACUCUUGUUGAACGACCCAUACGGAAACUACGUGUUACAGACCAGUUUGGAUGUUGCGAGCCCCGCCGAUCUUGCAAAGUUAGCGGCCAGUUUGCAGCCUUUUUUGCCUAAUAUCAAGAAUACGCCACACGGAAGACGCAUCUUGACCAAGAUCCAAAACAUUCUUUGA